AUGCCUUACAACUGCUGCCUGCCCAACAUCAGCUGCCGUACCAGCUGCUCCUCCAGGCCCUGCCUGCCUCCCCGCUGUCAUGGCUGCACCCUCCCAGGGGCCUGCAACAUCCCUGCCAAUGUGGGCACCUGUGGAUGGUUCUGUGAAGGCUCCUUCAAUGGCAAUGAGAAGGAGACCAUGCAGUUCCUGAAUGACCGCCUGGCCAACUACCUGGAGAAGGUGCGGCAGCUGGAGAGGGAAAAUGCUGAGCUGGAGUGUACUGUGUAUAAGAGAAUCCUGUGUACCAAGGCAGAGAAUACUAGACUGGUGGUUCGGAUUGACAAUGCCAAGCUGGCUGCUGCUGAUUUGAGAACCAAGUACCCAUCUGAAGUAUCCCUGCGCCAGCUGGUAGAGGCUGACAUCAAUGGUCUGCGCAGGAUUCUGGAUGGGUUAACUCUCUGCAAGUCUGAUCUGGAGGCUAAGGUGGAAUCCCUGAAGGAGGAGCUGCUUUGUCUCAAACAGAACCAUGAGCAGGUAAGGGAAAAUCUCAAGAUUUAG